GGAAAAAUAGAGAAAACCGGAACCUUUGAAGAAUUAGAAAAGGACAUUUCGGAGAUUUCCAAAGAAGUGCAACAGCAGUCCAAAGACGAGGCCAAAGAGGAGGAAGCCAUUAAAAUCCCCAGUAAACGAGAGCGACUGCAAUCAAUUUCCUCUGUGAUUAGCAUGGUGGGGACCGAGCCAGAUGAAUCGCAAGAGUUAAUCGAAAAGGGGUCAAUCCCCUCUUCAACCUAUAUAGAAUAUUACAAAGCGGGGGCUUCAGCCUUCCUCCUAGUCGGUUUAGCGGUUUUGCUCAUAAUUUCCCAAGCCAUGUGCAAUGUGUCGGAUUUGUGGGUCACUUAUUGGACGAACAAGGAAGAGCUGAGAUACGCGCAGAAUCAAGCAAGGAACUCUUCAAACAUCGUCGAUUCUUCAAAGGAAACGAACGCGAGCACAACUAUCUUACCCCCAGCAGGGACUAGUGGGAAUCUGAGUAUUGCCGCAACCCCUGAGGGAGCUGAGUUGCUUUCCAUGAACAGCUACAUCCUAAUCUACACGGUGCUAAUUCUGGUGGCAGUUGUGCUUACCAGCGCCCGCUCGAUAGCGUUUUACAAGGUGUGCAUGAACGCCUCAAAAAACCUGCACAAGAAAAUGUUUGCCAGCGUCCUCAAAGCGCCGAUGUCCUUUUUCGACGCCAAUCCUUCCGGAAGAAUCCUCAACAGAUUCUCCAAAGAUAUGGGAGCUGUAGACGAGCUCUUACCGCGAGUGACUUUGGACGCUUUGCAGAUUUUCUUGGUCAUGUCGGGUAUUUUGGCCAUGGUCUUCAUCGUCAGCACCUGGAUGAUCAUCCCGGCGAUUGUGUUGGGGUAUUUGUUCCUCUGGUCUCGUAAGGUCUACCUAUCUUCCGCACAGGACAUCAAAAGGCUCGAAGGAACCACCAGGGCGCCAGUUUUUUCCCAUGUUACUGCCAGUCUUUAUGGGUUGUCCAGCAUCAGAGCGUUCCGAGCUCAGGGAAUGGUUGCCCAAGAAUUCGAUACGUUGCAGGACCAACAUACUUCUACGUGGUGCUUGCUGCUGCAGACCAGCGAGGCUCUGGGCUUCUACCUGGAUGUGAUCAGUACGGUUUUUCUUGGUCUGGUGACUUUCCAGUUCCUGAUUUUCCAAAGCGAGGACACCGUCAGUGGAAAUGUGGGGCUUGUGAUUGCGCAGAGCUUGAUUUUAACUGGCAUGCUCCAAUUCGGCAUCAGACAAUCGGCCGAAGUCUCCUCCAAACCACCAUCCGGCAGGCCUUCAAGGAUUGCACAGUUAUAACGAUAGCGCAUCGCAUUAACACGAUAAUCGACUGCGAUCGGGUUCUGGUGAUGGAUCAUGGCCAAGCGGUGGAAUUUGCGGCGCCCCACGAGCUGCUGGAGCAGAAAGAUGGGCAUUUUGCCCAAAUGGUUGAACAAACCGGGCCGACCAUGUCGUCCAAGCUACGCAAACAGGCCAAAGAUAGCUACAAUCAGAAGAGGGCCGUGGAGAAUCAAAAGAGCGAAUAACUGACUUAAUGGAAAAUAAUUAACGCUGCAUGGGGAACAUUCCCAGACAAUAACACCGACUGACUAUUUACUUGAUCUUAAAUGCUUACUUACUGUUUUACGGAUACUUACAAGGAAUACUUAAUAUUUGUGAAUAAAAAGUUUGUUUUUCUAAA